AUUCCCAGUUUAUGUUUUCGUUUUUCCCCAAACUGGGGGAGCUUCUCGAGGCCUCUGGAGGUGCUGGGAAGGCAGUGGGCAGGGAAGCAGCUCAUUCCUGGGAUUGUGGCCUCCCGUGGCUUCCUCCUGGAUGUCAGUGGAGGGAAAGCCAGUCCUAGCUUGUGUUUUCCACCUUUUCCCAGCUCUGUGGAAGUUGGGAGCUUCAGGGGGAUUUCUUGUGGGUUUCAUGUGUUUGGGGUCUCCUCCAGAGCUGCUCUGUGCUGUUGGACACAGGGAAGGCUUUUUCCAAUUUAUGUUCCUGGAUUGAGGGACAGGGAUGAGCUGUUGAUCCCAACCCCAGCUCCAAAAGUCGGGUUUAAAUCCCAUUUCAUGGUUUUUCUGACCCUUUUAUUGCCACUCACCAUCCCUGGGUGGGGAGCUCUGGAAGCCCCUCGGGUCUGCAGCUUUUCCAGGGAGCCUUUGCUAAUUCCCACGUGUUAAUCCCAACUGCUAAUCCCUCACCAGCCAGAGGAAUUAAUAACUUCUUCCUUCUUUUCCAGGUCGACACACAAUGAGAUGGAAAAGAACAGGCGUGCCCAGCUCCGGCUGUGCCUGGAGAGGCUGAAGGGGCUGGUGCCGCUGGGGGCGGCGGCCGGGCGGCACACCACGCUCAGCCUCCUCACCAGGGCCCGCCUCCACAUCCAGAAGCUGGAGGACCAGGAGCGCCGGGCCCUGCACCAGAUCGAGCAGCUGCAGCGGGAGCAGCGGCACCUGCAGCGGCAGCUGGAGAAGCUGGGCAUGGAGCGGGUCAGGAUCGACAGCAUCGGCUCCAGCCUCUCCUCCGAGCGUUCCGACUCGGACCAAGAAGAGAUGGACGUGGACGUGGAGAGCACGGACGACCUCCCGGCCGAGCUGGACUGGAGCAGCAGCAGCCCCAGCGACUCGGACGAGCGCGGCAGCCUGCAGAGCCUGGGCAGCGACGAGGGCUACUCCAGCUCCGGCGGCGCCAGGGCCAGGCUGCCCGGCAGCCGCAAGCUUCCCGCCGGGAUUUAGGGAGCUCUUCCCAGCUCCGUGCCCUCGGCAUCCCGUUAGCCAGCACAGCGACCCCGCCAGCAUUCCCUGCACGGAACCCCCCCGGCCCGGCUGCUCCCGGGGCUCCGUUGGCACCUCCGGCCUCUCUGCUCCGCCCGGGAAUGUUCUGGCAACAACAGCGACCUCAGGAGCCUUCCCCGGGCUGUCGCUGCCCGGUGUUGCCCAUCUCUCGACGCCUGGGUGGCCGCGGCACGCUCCCGACGCCCAGGACCCGGAAAGCUGAGGUUUUUUGGGAGCGGACCCAAGGAGGAGCCGGUGCUUUGUGGGGUUUCCAUCCGCGGAGCCUUUCGGGCGCAGGGAUCGGCCUCAGUCGGGGCUCCUUCCCCCGACUCUAAAUCUUCAGGGACGCCGUGCCAGCCCCGCCGCGGUCCCGGAGCAUUCCUGGCUGGGGGCAGGCUCGGGGCUGUGCCCACCCCUGGGGUCGAGGUGCCCCUCCUGGAAUGUGGCACGGCCUUGCAGACUCCUGCAGUUCCCUUCCCGCACUCUCGGGGACUUUUUUCUACCUCGGAGGGAGCCCAGGGCCUCUCUCCACCCCUUCAGCACAAAGGUGAUGCCUCUGCUCAGCAAUAACCCCGCGGGAUUCCCCGGCUCCAUCCGCCCGGGAUUGCUCCAGGCUCGUGGAAGGUUCCAGAAGCCACCGCAGGGAGGGCAGGGGGUUCCCAGCCGUGGUGUGGAUUCCUUUCCCAGUGCACUGGAGGGAUCAUUCCCACCCCUUCCUGCUCUUGGAGAUGCUCUGGGAAUGUUGGCUCUGUGUGCAGAGCUCUGCUUCCAGCACCUUCCUUUUCCCCUCAGGCUGGUCCAGGGCUUUUCCAGGCCCUGCUGAGGAGUCUGGGGAGCCCUCCCAGGCUGGGAUGGAUCCCUCCCGGGCUGGGAUGGAGCCCUCCCGGGCUGGGAUGGAGCCCU